AUGACAUCAACAUUACAUUUAGUUUCCCAAAAUUUAUCGUUGCAGUCUGGUAGAUUAGCAGCUGAAUGGUAUCAACAACAUCGUGGGCCAUAUACAAGUUGGGCUGCAUUUGCAGCAGCCGUUAUAACGGCUUUCUCUCGACAAAAGAAGUCUAUUGGCAGAAGUUUACCUUAUGAACAAGUGGAACCUGUUUUUUGCCAAGAACCAUUAGUUGCUGCUUCUAUUCGUCCAUUUCAUUAUGAACAAUAUCAUUCAGCUCAAAGUACAGUGCAUACAGAUUCACAACGAAGGUUUCGUCCACAGUAUCAAGUUAGAAGUCAGACACAGUCAAAUUUUCAAGUUGCUCCCUCACAUCUUGGUGAUCAAGAACAGAGAAGUUUGAAGAAUACUGAAAUUUAUCACAGUAAUCAACAGUCAAAUUCAUCUAAUCGUGAGAAAUUAUUUAAACGAGGAAUAAAAUUAUUGGGUCAUCAAGUAAAUGAACAUGGAUUAUUACCAUUAUAA